UGAGGCGCGGCGCUGCGUCAGCGGCGAGGGGCGGGGAGGGGAGGCGAGCUGAUAUCAGGCGCCGGGCGGCGAGGACCCGGCGAAAACCGGAGGUGAACGUUGCUAACGCCGAUAGGGAGACCGGCCACCCCCUCCUUUCCGCUUCUAUUCAUCGGCGCCGCGGUGGCUGCCCGGCCGGCCGAGAGGAUGUCAUUCCCUGUGGAUGUGUUGAACAGCUACAGUCAUGAGGACUUGGAGCACUCAGCAGAGGAGUACUUGUCUGACCUCCGGUGUGGGAAUCCAAACCGUCCUGAACUCUUGUCACUGCCAGACCACAGCAAAAUUCCUAUUAGCUUGGCAACUGUGGGCUUCGUUCCUCUUUAUGGAGAAGACCAGACAUACAAAGUUCUUGCUUUGUUUGCACCAAGGGACUCACUCACAGCUGUAGCCCUGUAUCUUGCUGACCAGUGGUGGUCAAUUGAUGACAUUGUGAGAACAUCUGUUCCUGCUAGACAGGGGCUUCUUCAGGUGAAGUCAGUAGGAGAGAGGGUUGUUCUCUAUGUUCUGAAUCGAAUUAUCUAUCGGACACAAGAAAUGGAAAGGAAUGAGAUCCCUUUUCUCUGUCAUGGUCGGAAUGACUAUGCUAAGAUCAUGUGGAAAAAAGGAGAGGCUAUUGGAUUCUAUUCUGUUAAACCUACAGGAAGUAUUUGUAGCUCUUUCCGUGGUCAGAAUUAUAUGCUUCCAGUUCUAGACACAAUGUUUGUAAGAAAGAAAUAUCGUGGGAAGGACUGUGGGCUGAUCAUGCUGGAGGACUUUGUGGAUUCCUUUAGUGAAGGCUCUCUUGGCCUACGAUAUCCGCUAUCGUCCUUCAUGUACACAGCUUGUAAGCAAUAUCUUGAGAAGUAUCCUGGGGAUCAUAACCUUUUAUGGGAAGUGGAGGGACCAGGAUGUUGGUUCCAGAGAAAAUCUGUUAUGUCGAGAGUACAAGGGGAAAAGCUCAAAAUUGCAGCAGAGGCCUCACAGAAAGAAAAUAAGAGUUUGCAAGCAGAGGAUAAUUUCCAGCAGUCUGCAGCAGUAUCAGAAACAAGUGGACGGAAGACUGAGCUAGAAACACAGCUAAGUGCUGACUCUCAAAAAGGUAAAGAAUCAGUAGAUAUCUGUGCAAGCACAUCUAAAGACCCUAACACAGGUCCCGUUUCCAUUCGGACACGAAGCAGUCAUUUAAAAAGAACCAGGAUAGGAAGAAAUAGCCAGGAAUCUGAACCUGGAAUUUCCCAAGGAGAUGAGGAAAAUGCUCUUCAUGUGUCAGAAAGCAGGAUGGAACUUCCUGACCCGACGGCUGAAAGCUCUAAAGACUUAGAAGUACAUGAGGAGAAUAUUGUGAAGGAUGUAGAAAGGAUUGUUGAAAAUGACAGUCAGUCUGUGUCAGAAGUGGAGCUACAUGUAUCGUCCCCUGAGAAACAGAAUGAGAAGGAGGAAACUACAUCAGAACCUCUUAAUGGUCAAGUAACUGAAGAAACCAGUAAGACUGUACUUAUGGCUGAAGAGGAAACAGCGAAUGAAGUUCUAAGUGGUGAAUUAAAAUUGCAGUCUGCGAGUCAAGGAGAAGAACCCUUAACACUCUUUGUUCCAUUAAUCCUUGAGUCUGCUGCAAAACCUUCAGAAGACACUGUAUCAGAGAAGGCUUUAUAUGCAAAUGAUUCAGAAUUGCUGGCUGAAGAAAGUACAUUAGUAGAAGAGGAGGGCACUGAAGAACAGGAAGAAUCUGAAAAGACCACCACGGAAAAUGCAGCUGCUUUCACAGCAAAGGAGGAGCCCUCUGACAACGGCCUGCCCCAUCCUGUGGUAACUGAAGCAGCGGAAGAAUCUGUUCCUGAAAAUGUGUCCCCCAAAACAGCAUCCUCAUUGGAAGAUCAAAAUGAGGAAGCAGGGCACAACUCACAGGAGGCCUCUGUUGCCUUGAGUCAGAGCUCUGCCAUAGAAGUUGAUCUCGAGGGUGUUUCUUUUCAGCAGCCUUCUGGACAGGAAGGACAGAAGAACCAGUUGGAAGAGCACUUGGAAGAGUCUGCUGAGCCGAUGGAUCAGUAUACGCAAACAUCAGCGGAGCGGGCUGCUGACAGCAGCUCUGAGGAAGCAGAAAUUGAGGUACCUGUUGUAGAUCGGAGAAACUUGCGAAGAAAGGCUAAAGGCUACAAAGGUCCACCGAAGAAAAAAGGAAAACCAGCUUAAAAAUGCAAUACAGAUUGUUAACUCAUCUAUUUAAAAUAAAGUUAUUUUAUGUAAAAAACGCUAGAGUGUAACUUAAACCAUAUGGGACACAGGACAUGUUUAAAAUUCUGAGUAGGACUUCCUUUUGGAAUUAAUCACCUUUCCUCAAGUUUUCUUUUUUUUUUUUUAACCACUAGACAUUGAGCUUUAUCAGAUUAUGAAAGUAAACAGCCAGUCUCGUCCUUUUGUAAAGGAUACAUGCAGACUAAAUACAGUUGUGCUAACAAAGGGAACAGUUUGCAUGUUUGAGAUGGCAGUUAUGGAUGAAAAAUGCAGUGUAAAAUCCUGGCCCUGUGAAGGUCCCUUAAAGUCCCAUGGACAUCCAUGAGGCCAGAUGACACUCUAGCAUUUUUUUUUUUAAUAACUUUGUGUUCUCUACUAUGGAAGUAGAACGAGAAAAACCCUUCCUCCCUUCUUGUUCACUCCCCAUAGAUUUUCAUAGAUGACAUUAAAAGAAAUUAAGAUUCCAUAAUUCUAAGUCUCAAAAUACACAAGAAGGUAUAACUCAGUAGAUCAAAACAGCAUAAGCAGUAUCUGUUUGUCAUGAGAAUCGCUUGAAACAGCUGAGUGAGUGGAAACAGAGUCAGCACAGUAUCUGCAGUAGCGCAUUCUGCUAAUGAAGUUCUUUAUGUGGAGAUCAAGAGAUGCCUACACAGUAUUUGUAGCUUCCAGGGUGAGCAUCUUGGUAAGCCCAAGUUUUUUCCAGAGUGUGUGGAGUACAGACUCCAGUACAUGCACAGAAUCGCUUGAACUACCUUCCUAACUACUUGCAUGUGUUUAGUGGAUACUUGAUUACUUGUUAAUAUUGCAGGACAAGAAUACGACAACUUUUGAUCUUUUGGUCUGAAUGAACAUGGUGCUUGUGUUUUCCAAAUACUCGGCUGGUGCUGUGAGGUAACUAUUAAAAUGUGUUUGCCAGGUGUGUCUCUUGUGAGUGCUGGCAUUUCAGGUGGUUGUGACAUUCAUUAGUGUAAAUAUUAGUGGGUGCUUCAGCAAAUGCUUGUUUGCUGAGCUUCUACAUCUUAAGAAGUUCGCAGGUGAUUGCUUGCAAACACUUCAGAUUCCCACUUUCUUUUUCUACCUUGGGUGUAAUGCCUGGAAGGAUAGCUUCCCAGUUCACUGUUUUUUCUUAAAAGCAGCAAGUGACCUUUGCUGUAUGCAAAGAGAAAUAAAAACAAGCUUUUCAUGCAUGCUUCCCUUCAGAGAUUCUCAUGGCAACCCAUGUAUUUAAUGUCAUUUGUGACACACAAAAAAAUUUCUCUUUAGUUUGCUAUGUGUUUCUUUCAGUCAAUGAAGCUCAUCUCAUGAUAGGUUAAAAACUCAGGAAUAAGAAAUAAAAAUGGGUUCUAAGAACAGGAAAUCACCCUACAGUUUUUCCUGCUUUAUGCCUUUUCUAAGAGGAGUGAACUGCUCUCCCACAGUGUCUCAAAAAUAGAGGCAUCUAGAAAUUGCUGUUCAGGGCUUCUGAGUACAAGGUUCACUUGAGUAGUUGCAAUGCUGUCUUUUAUGCCUCUAUAAAGCUAAUGUAGGAAUCUGGUUUGGGGAUUUUAUGCUUACACAGUUUAACUGUAAUUUAUAAGAUAUUUUAACUGCAUAAGAUACAUUAAUAUUACUUUCAGCUGAUAAAGUACUUUGCUCCUUUCUAACCUGUUAAGAGCAGUUUAUAGGGAGAAGGCAGUUUUUAGAAAAAACAUGUAUUACCUAAACUUUAGAUACAGGGUGCAUGGGAUUAUUGAGUUAAAUCUGGGUUUCUUGGACUAUUGCACGUAAUUGUAACUCCCUGUCAAUGUACAUACAGGCACUCCUUAUGAACCCUCAUGACUGAUAAAUAUUCAACAUCUGUCACAAUUGUUUGUAGACAUAUUCAAGUGAACCUUAAGCAUUUGUAAAACUAAUGAAGCUUUCUCUAUAAAGCACAUGAGGCAAAGCUUGUGUUCUUCUGUAUGGCUUCUCUUUUAGUGCUAAAAUUUAUUGAAUUAAAAAAUGUGGCUAGAAAACACAUCUAUUGCAUUGCUAAGAAUUUGGGAUUUGUAAGGGCUGUUGCCUUGAACGGUAGUUAUAUACAGUAUUGUUGUGACUCAUUUUCCAUUUUAACAGCAGGGUUUAGUGAAGAUUAAUCUGCUGAAUACUUCAGUUAAUAUAAAUGUAUCCACUUGCAAAAAAGGUAGGGAUUCUUUCACUUAUGAGAAGUGAGUCACAGUUAUUUCAGCUACUAUGUAUGGUUAUUGCUUGUAUGCCCUGUGAAGUCAGAAGACAGUGUGAGAAGGUAAUGUCACUCAUCUGGCUUUUACUUUUCAUGGCUAAGCUGGAACUGAUUUUUAUCAGUAUAUUUCUUUUGAGACACUUGCAUAUUGAAUACAUAAAUAUUACAGCAGAAUUAUUAUACUAGGUCAGUCUUGGUUUCUGCUGAGAUCAGUCAUAUAUCUGAUCUCCUUUCAGUGAGACAGUUCUAUGAAUUCAAAUUCAUAUCUUUAGGUAUGAUCCUCAGUAGAUGCCUCUGCCUAUCUGGGGUACCUGAGAUACUACCUGAUGGCUGUUACAUACCGAGUCUGGGCAUUUGGGGUGCAGUUAGCGAUCCUGAUAACCAGUACAGCCUUGAAAACUGGAUAGUGUUCUAUCUGUGGUCAGAGCAGUACUUUGAACUGAAGGGCACAGUGUAUUUCUGUGACAGCCUCUUUGGAAUCAGUCAUCUUGCAGUAAAUAUGGAGUAGCAAAACCAAAAUACCAACUUUGCAUAAUAGUUUGUAUUGCUGUACUAAUUUGCGCACUGGAACAGUAGUUUAAUAGUCUACACCUUCCGUUACAUUAAUGCAGGGGAGCAUGUCAACCAACUGUAUUGACUGGGGAAAACCAGCAGUUUUUAGGCUUGGACAGUUUUGGGGUUUUCUUUGUCUGUUAACUGCCUGUCUUACUACUGUCAAACUCUUAGAGAAUUUUUAAGAUCUUAUUGCACCAGCAACCAAUGAUUAAACUUUAUACAAGUUUCUACCUAAUGCUAUUACAACAUGUUGGGGAGCUACAUGUGUACAGUGAAAGCAAGCAGUAUUAUUUUUCAGCUUUAUUUAGUCUAGAAAUAGAGUUUAAAGAACAUAAAUUUGUGACUUCAGCCUUGCACUUAGACGGCAAAUGUUUUUGUAUUUGAAUCCAGCAUUUGUUCAAAUGUCUCUUGUACUGCUUGUUAAUUUUGUAACAGGAUUUACAUUGCUUCUCCCACAUUCUCUUUUGAUCUGUUUAAUUUUAUGCAGAAUUCAUGUUUGCUGUUCUCAUGUUUCAGAGCCCUUUACCUGAAAAUGUAUAUGCAUCUUAUUUCAAAAGUGCUUUUACCUUAUUUGAAAUGAUGUCUGGCCUCAGUUUGCUUUUUUAUACCAUUUCAUUUGUAGAUGUUGUUAAUCAAAUUGACCAUUUACUAUGUCGUCAACACUAUGAAGUUAAACAUAGCAACAGACAGGCCUAAGUUUAGGCUUCUCUGCUUUAAGUGACUAUUCUAAAAUCUUAUUUCCAAGGGGAUACACUUCUAAAUUUAUUUUCACAAAUGUGAUGUUGAUGUUUUCUAAACUAGUGAUACUCUGUUUAUAAAUCUUAUGAAAGAUGUGUUGCUAUUCUAGAGUAUUGUACUUAAGUCUUGUUACAGUGUUAGUUUUUCCUUUUUUCUAGUACUGUCUUGGCUGCUUUUGAAAUGUUUUGAAGUAGUAAUUAAACUUAUAUUUUGUCAUUUUUUUUCUUCGUUUUUAAUAUUUGAAUCCUUUCUGCUGUACAGGAGGAGGCAUGUUUUAAAGUGGUUCCGCUCACAAGAAUGAGCAUCAUUUUACAAUCUAUCUGCUACCAAGGAGCUUUAAAAG